UCAUGGCGGUCAGAGCUCUGUGCAUCAGACUGUUGAUGACUGUCCUGAUCCUGUUGUGUGCAUAUGCGCAGAAAGUUGAUGCAGUUUCUCUUCGUAUUGUUCCAAACAAAUCCCAGUUUUUUGAAUAUGAGUCAGUUAGCUUUUACUGUGAGGAGAUCUCUCGUGGACACGUGUUACAUAAGAUAAAAGAGGAAGUAGAGCAAUGCAACAAAACCAGUAAGAAAACAAUAGUAACGACAACAGGAUCAAAGUGCACCAUUCAUCCUAUUUAUACAAGUGACAGUGGAGAAUACUGGUGUGGGACAGCAGGAGGGAAGAGAAGCAACAAUGUCAACAUCACUGUCACUGAUGGUUCUGUGAUCCUGGAGAGUCCUGCUGGUCCUGUGAUGGAGGGAGAAGCUGUGACGCUGCGCUGCAGAAACAAGAUGCUUUCCUCCAGCAUCGCAGCUGAUUUCUAUAAAUAUGGACAUCACAUAGGGAGCAGCUCAGUAGGAAACUUCACCAUCCACAGAGUUUCCAAGGGAGAUGAAGGACUUUACAAGUGCAAGAUCUCAGGAGGUGGAGAAUCACCAGAGAGCUGGCUGUCUGUCUCUGUGCCAUGUCUCACAGCUUCCAUAACCUGGAUAAUUGCCACUACUUUACUAAGCACUGUGAUUGUAGUGAUGGGACUCUAUCACUUCCGCAAAGACUGCUACAGAGCAUUGGUCUACUGGUCAACGAUGGCAUAUGGUUCAGGCUCAACAGAAGAUCAAACAGGACAGAAGACAAACAAUGAAGCUGAACUGUGUCCUAAUCCAGUUUAUGAUUCCUAUGGCCAGGGUGACAGUCAGCCUCUAGAAACAGCGAAAUCCACUGUUGCAGACAAACCUUCACGAGGUAUCUACCAACCUGUGGCAGAGGAACCUUUCUAUUCUACAAUUAAAAAACAUGCCCAUCACUGAGUGAGACUGAAAACAAGGAAGUAACUUAGAAAUAUCCAGUAUUGUUUAUCAUGUAUCAUUUUGCAGUCAGUUUAAAUCUGUGUAUUCGUAAGUGCUUACUGUAUUACAGGUCUCUGUAUAAUGAUACGUAAAGAAUUCACAAUGACUAUAAAUGUGAAAACAAAUUUACUUCAGAUUUAGUGUUACUAUACAAAUGAAACUGAAUUGAGUUCCAAAUGUUAAAGGUUAUCAUAUUAGAUAAUAGCUCAGUCAUAUGCAGGUUAUUUUUUCGAGCUUUCUUUCUCAGUUACAAAUGAGUGCCACUGGAGUAAAGGCAUAAAAAGAAACAGAAAAACAAAGAGAAAUAGUCAUGUUUCCAACCUUGUUAGCAUGGUCCAACUGUAAAUAUGGUUGUGGAUAAAAUAAUUCAUUUAUUGCUAAUGAUAUAUUUCACAAAUAAGCUAUUAUCUUUACAACGUAAUAUAGUUAAUAAAG